AUGAUUGUCCUUGCUGAGAAAUAUUUUCCUGCUACAGUCGCUUGCCAAGUCCACAAAAUUGCUCCUGUCAUUAAGAAAAAGUUGACAGAAGAACAGAUGAGACUGUAUAAGGAAACGACCUUUGAUCCUCUGUUAGAUAUAUAUCUUGUUUUCAAUGGACAACUUUUGCACCACUUUCUAUCAAGGGAGGUAGUAGAUGCGAACCCAGACAUUAUUUCAUUCAACAUUAUAAGGAAGAAGGUAACAUUCUCCUAUGAGGAUUUUAACUUGAUUACUGGGUUAUGGCCGACCAAGGAAACAGUGGAAAGAGAAACAAGUGGUGAAAGGGUGCGAGAACUCAUUCUUGGACCCAAGAACCCAAAUAGAAAGGAUAGUUCUUGCAAGGAUGUGGAAAUCGCCUUUGAGAACUUCAAUUUUACCAAUGACCAAGAUGCUGUCAAGGUUGCAUUGACACUGUUCAUUGAAACGAUGAUGAUUGGAAAAGAUAAGAAAACCCAGUUCGUUAGCAAUAUAUUUGGGAUUUUCGAUGACCAUGAUGUCUUCGUACAUUAUGACUGGUCUUCCCUCUUCUAUGGACGUACAUUGAAUAGCAUGAAGACUAUCAUGCGUGGGAAGAAUGAGGCAUAUGAUUCAAAGAAAGCAAAAGGUGAUCACUAUGCCUCACAUUACUGUACAAAGUGA